GUGAACAUAAGUUGCAUUUGGUUGGAGCUGUUGUUCUGCCUUACACGUUGCAAGGAACCUACUGACCUUGUCAGAUCUCUACGCAUCUACCUCUCGUGAAGCGCCCCGCCGCGGGCGGGCAAGCGGCCCGCCACUAUGGACUUCUUCGUUGGUAUUAAGGGCAAGGACUUUGUUAUGGUAUGCAGCGAUACCUCAGCUAGCCACUCCAUUAUCAGCAUUAAGCAGGACGAGGACAAGAUCGUGCCCAUUGACGACCACAAGGUCUUCUGCAUUGCGGGCGAGGCGGGAGAUCGUGUUAACUUUAGCGAAUACAUCAUUGCAAACGUCAAGCUGUAUGCGUUAAGAAACGAGACGGAGCUCAGCACCAAGUCGGUUGCCAACUACACGCGCGGGGAGCUUGCGGCCGCGUUGCGCAGCUCCCCCUACCAUUGCAACCUGCUACUGGCCGGGUACGACAAGGAGACCGGCCCGGCGCUGUACUGGAUGGACUACCUGGCCACCCUCAACAAGAUCAACACGGGGGGGACCGGAUACGGCUCCUACUUCACCCUCUCCCUGUUCGACAAGAUGUGGCACCCCGAGCUGACCCCCGACGAGGCGGUGGCCAUGAUUGAGGCCGGCAUUGCGGAGGUGAAGAAGCGGUUGGUGGUGGCGCCGCCGCACUACAUCAUCAAGAUAGUGGAUAAGGACGGGGUGAGGGUGGUGAAGAACGUGUGAGGGCUGGGAGGGUGAGCGGAGGGGGCGCGGUGCGAGAAGGAGGAGGAGGAAAUGGG